GUGAAGCCCCUCCACUCCUUAGUCCUCACACCAAAAGAUAAGAAGAUGUAUCAGCACCUUAUGUAACGCCCUCUGGUGCUAUCCGCGGGAGACGCGCGAAGGCUUCUGCUUGCGCCACUCAAACUGUGCGGUUUCUCUUCUCUCUGCGAUCAAGCCAUCAGCAAUUUCGUUUCGGCAACGGUGAUUGCAUCAAUUGGGACAGGACCUCCGGAGUAAGCCGGGCCCUUGGCAACGAACGGCCGGCGGCCCUCGUGUUCUUCCAACGCGUGGGGUAAAUCUGAAGAAGCAGACCUUUUGCAGUUUAUAUAUGGGGUCGAAUCAAUAGCCCACACCAAGGUAAAAGCUGAAGGCGUAAGAGAUAAACAGGGUUAGUACUCUGUUGUUGCCUCUGUUUCCACCGAAGUGAUACCAAUAACCACCGCGAACAAGAAGCAUUCGUCCACCCACAAGGAAAGAAGGAGUGAGUUAUUUAUGGCCAUGAUCUUACCAGCCAUUCCUGUAGCUGUUGAGGUAAUUUCCAGUGUCAAUGCAUUGAACGAAUUCGUCGGCUGGGCGACACCACACAUGAAAGCGGCCAUACGUUAUGCACGGAACAUUCCACGGUCACCAGAUGAAGAGAACACAGCUGCACAACGCCAGAUUCAAGAGAAAAUUGAGCAGCUAGGCGAUAAGCUUGGGAGGCUGAAGACUCGUAUUUGGAAGCUGAAGACAACUAUGCCCAAGAUGCUUGACCUCAUUGACAGGGUUGAGUGGCAAAGCCACAAGGAACAAGCCACUGUUCUACUCCCGGAGAUCAAGGAUGCAGUGUACGAUGCAGAGGAUCUGCUUGAUGAGUUUGAUUAUUAUGCGCUCAAGUUGAAGGUUGAGUGCAACAAAAAUUUGGGGCAAGAUCACUUGCAUAAUGCCUUCAUGGAAUUCUUAAACACUAUAGACAGUGAUGAGCCCAAUAAUUACACCACGAAAGUCAAUGAUAUUCAAGAAAGACUAGAUCAUCUGAAUCAACAGUCCAAAGAUAUGGGCUUGCACAAAGCAGAGCUGAGGUUUGAUAAAUCAGUUAGGCCAGAAACGAGUUCUUUCGUUAAUGAGACAAAAAUAUUUGGUCGUAAAAAAGAAUUGAAAUCUUUGAUGGAGAAGCUGGGAGUUAAAAUUCCAGUUAAAAGUACAGGGAAGAGAAAAUUGGCCGAAGGUAGUGCAAGAAUGGAAGAAUUACCUGUGUUGCCAAUAGGUAAUGCAAGAAUGACAGAAUUGUCUGUGUUGCCAAUAGUCGGCAUGGGAGGUAUGGGAAAGACAACAAUGGCCCAACAAAUCUGCAAUGAUUCAAAGGUGAAGAAGCACUUUAAUCUCAUAAUUUGGACAUGUGCUUCAGAUGAUUUUGACAAAAAAAGAUUAACCAAGGAGAUUCUAGAACACCUGGGACAAGAUACAUCAUCCAAUAACCUUAAUUUUCUUAUGACAAAACUACAAGAUUGUGUCAGGUCCAAAAAGUUCUUACUUGUUGUUGAUGACAUGUGGGAUGAUAUCUUGAAGGAUGAUGGGGCGGGAUGGAGGGAGUUUUGUGCACCUCUGCAAAAUGGUUCUGAAGGAAGUAGGAUUUUGGUCACCACUAGAUCUCCCGAGGUUGCCAAAGUAAUUAGCCCCACGUAUCACUAUGAGUUACCUUGCUUAAAAGGUGACAUAUUCUGGGAGUUCUUCAAACUAUGUGCAUUUGGAUCCACGAGUUCUGGCAACAACCGUGAGUCACUAGAGUGCAUUGGUAAGAAUAUACUUCCAAAGUUGAAGGGCAACCCAUUGGCUGCCAAGACUAUUGGACGUUUGUUGAGGAUGGACCUAAGUACAACACAUUGGGAAAAUAUAAUGGAAAGUGAACUCUGGCAAGUAGAACAAACGGAGAAUGACAUUUUGCCAGCCCUUCGACUGAGCUAUAUGUACCUACCUCAGAACCUGAAAAGAUGCUUCUCAAUCUGUGCAAUGUAUCCCAAGGAUCACAAAUUUGAGAUGGGUUUUUUAGCUGAUAUUUGGACUGCACAUGGAUAUGCGGAGAAUUCCCAAAAAGCAUCACUCUAUUUUAAUGCCCUUGCAAAUCGGUCAUUCUUUCAGCAAGCAUCUUCACACAGUUAUAUGUAUGUAAUUCAUGAUCUGAUGCAUGAUACGGCACAACUUGUCACAAAGGAUGAGUGCUUCAUCAUAAAGCAUCCGCGUGACAUAGAUAGAGUCCCUUCAACUGUCCGUCAUCUGUCAAUAUUUGGAAACGGAGAUAUUGAGUGUUCUGAACUGAAGAAAAUAUGCAAUAGCAAAAAAAUAAGGACUCUGGUAUGUGAUGAUAAAUAUAACAGCGGAGAAGAUUUUGCUAGCGUGAUUGACUGUUGGUUCAAGGAACUGUUGAAAAUCCGUGUACUGAAGUUUAGAGUUGGCAAAGUAAAGAAGUUACCUGAGAGCAUGGGCAACUCAAAGCAUCUGCGUUACUUUUGUUUACUGGGGCCUUCCAACUUCGGCACCCUACCUUCAUCGGUUUGUCGUCUGCAUAAGCUCAGAAUUAUAGAGCGUGGUGGUGGUGUCAUUAAAAGGUUUCCACCAGACUUCAGUGACCUCAUCAGCUUGCAGAGAAUUAAUUCCAAGGGGUUCACUUAUGACAGGGACCAAUCUGAAAAACUCUGCCUAAAAUGGCCCAUUAUUGAGGUUGGAGCACCUAGUAGUGAGACGGUGGGAAUGAAGGAAAACCAGAUGGAAGUAUUACCUCACUGGAAUAUCCAACAUUUGCAUGUAGAGAAUUACAAAGGUGAAUCUUGUCCUAGCUGGCUCAUGCCCCAGCUCCUGCCAGGGUUACGCUCGCUCAAAUUUCGUAGUUGUGACAAAAUCAAGAGCAUACCAUUUUUUGUCCCGUCAGAGGAGUCACGCGAUAAUGCACAAGGACCAGACAACCUUAAUCGUCUUGAAGAGUUAGUCGUGGAUGCUUGUUAUGAAAUCAAUUGGCAAGGCUCGAUAGUCUUACCUACUUCUCUUAGGAAGCUAACACUUUCGGCCUCAGGCUGUUCCAUGGAUAACCUUGUGAGCUGCUUCCGUGACCUCACCUCCCUCACUCAUUUGCAAAUAAGGUUCGGCAGAUCAUUGACAUCCAUCCCCCUCGAUGUGUGGAGUAGUAGCAACCUUCCAUCCCUGGAGGAUCUAUCAAUUAUGGAUUGCUACCGCCUUGCAUCAAUAAGCGCCUCUGGAGCAAGCAGCAGCAGCGGUGUUAAAGGAUUCUCAGCUCUUGCUAAGAUAAAAUUUUACUCAUGUCGCACAUUACUGAGCCUUGAUGAAUUGCUGACGCCAGACUAUCUACCUGCCGUGAAGACGAUUUCUGUUACACACUGUGAAGCGUUGGCAUCCGUGUCUGUCGACAGGCUCCACGGCCUGAAGAACCUGGAAAUUGGACGUUGCCACAACUGUAGAAUAUUGUCAGUGCCGUCCUCUCUUAAGCAGCUCGACUUGUAUAGUUCUGACGGCAUAGAAUUCAUCGACCUCAGCAAUAGCCAGUCUCGGAGUUCUUCAGCACUGAAGGUACUUAGCAUUACGGGGUGUCCAAGCCUCAGGUCCAUCGGUGGUGAAGCAGCUAUUGCUGAAAUAAUGAAUGUUGGUAUAACCGGGUGUCCCAACCUCACGGAGAUACAACAGCCACUCGAGCGCGGGACGGGGAGGUGGUGGCCACGGGCUGAUUAAUUCAAGUGGACGAGAAGAAAUAUGAACAGCGUCUUAGAUACUCAAGAGGCGAAGAGAGCACCGAUAAAGGAGGACAAGUAUACAGCAACGGUCUAGUUUCAACAAAAAAGAGUACACAGCGGCGGUGUAGGGGGGCCUUCUCGUUUGCGAUCGAAUGCCGGAAUAAUUGCUCUCAAUAAUAAUGGAAGUUGCAUCAUGCUGCUUGAUGUUUGUUACAUUUACUUUGCCCUGAAAUUUGAGUUGCAUUGUAUGUAUUUUGCUAGUUGUGAAGAAAUUCUAUUUUCAGUUCCAGAGAUUUCAAAUAAUGUGCCACUAAGAACACCGGAUUUGCUUGUUUAUUGCCUUGUAAUAAUAUCCAUUGAAGUACUGUAUAUUAUUAAGACCCAUUCAUUAUUAUUA